CGACAACAAACCCGACACUCAUUCACUCAAAAACAGCAAAUAGCUAAACAGUACACACUCGGAAACAAUUCGCUAUCCUCUGCUUCUCGCUGGAACCCAUUGCCACAAUAUUCACAGAUCAGAUCUCAGUCUAUACUCUUUCGAACACAUGAAACCAUGCGCUUUAACGAUCGAAGCACCCCUUUGAAAGCAUCAAUUCCUUCUUUCUUUCUUUCUCUUUUUUCCUAUUCGGGUCUUCUCUAAGUAAAUUUGUAGUAGUAAACAAUGACAUCAUUUUUACACCAAAGACCUCUCCAUAAUUCACUAUCAGAUCCUUACCCAUUAUCGCCACGCAAUUCCGCUAAUUCUCAAAGACAAAUUUCAAUCUUUAGCCGCACUGGCCUCAUAGUUUUAUUCUCUCUUUUGCUAAUUCUGGGCGUAUUCGUGCCCUGGACUGAGUUACCCAACGGAAUUUUCUCUGCAACUAAACAAUCUUCAGUUGCUAAAUGGCGUCAGUACACGUUACCCCAAGCGGCGUCGUUUGUGGCCCAGAAUGGCACUGUCAUUGUUUGUGCAGUUAGCCAGCCUUAUUUGCCGUUUCUUAAUAAUUGGUUAAUUAGUAUUACAAGGCAAAAACACCAAGAUAAAGUGCUUGUUAUUGCUGAAGAUUAUGCAACACUUUAUAAGGUUAAUGAGAAGUGGCCAGGUCAUGCUGUGCUUGUUCCUCCUGCUCCUGAUUCCCAAACUGCUCAUAAAUUUGGUUCUCAGGGAUUCUUCAAUUUCACAUCAAGACGACCUCGUCACCUGCUGCAUCUUCUGGAGCUUGGGUAUAAUGUUAUGUACAAUGAUGUUGAUAUGGUUUGGUUAGGCGAUCCCUUCAUUUAUUUGGAGGGAAAGCACGAUGUGUACUUCACUGAUGACAUGGCUGCUGUGAAGCCUCUGGAUCACUCCCAUGAUUUGCCACCUCCAGGGAAAAAGGGGCGUACUUAUAUUUGCAGCUGCAUGAUUUUCUUGCAUCCUACUGUCGGAGCAAAACUAGUUAUGAAGAAGUGGAUUAAGGAACUACAAGCUCAACCAUGGUCUAAAGCAAAGAAAGCAAAUGAUCAGCCUGCUUUUAACUGGGCGUUAAACAAAACUGCUGGACAGGUGGAUCUCUACCUGCUGCCACAGGCAGCAUUCCCAACAGGAGGAUUAUACUUCAAGAAUCAAACAUGGGUUGAAGAAACUAAGGGAAAACAUGUUAUCAUUCACAAUAACUACAUCACUGGUUUUGAGAAAAAAAUAAAGCGAUUCCGUGAUUUUGGCCUCUGGUUGGUGGAUGAUCAUGCUCAAGAGUCUCCACUUGGCAAGUUAUGAGUUAAAAACCUUAUGAGCUAUUUUAGAAGCCGGUCACAGCUCAUCCUGCGGAGAAUUGCAUAUGGGCUUUUUCUUUUUCCCACCCGUCAACUGCCAGUCAUGGAAGCAUGUUGAAGAGCAUGGAUCAUUUCUUGAGAUCUUUCCUUGUGAUUCCUUCUAAGGCGGGGAUAUCUUUUUGGAUGCAUGUUCAUGGAAGCGUUGAUUAGCACAAGGUUGCAUUAUUUUGGAAAUGGCUUGGUUUGAAAUUCUUUUUCUCACCAAUGGAAUUAAGGGAACUGUCAGAAGAGUCCUAUUCAGUUCAUGUUGUUAAAAGGAUUUAGAUGUCAAUGCCCUAUGUUGACAAAUUGUUGCCCUCAAGUUGCUGCACUAAUCAAGCUUCCUAUUUUUAUUUUUAUUUUCCUGAAUCUAGUCUGUAGAAUGAUUAAAAUCUAUUGUCAAAUGCAAAUUCUCCCAGGCCAAUGUAUGGAUGGUGAAGUCAUACUAAUAAAAAUAUAUAUAUAUAUUUUUUUA